AAAUCACUUCACAUGUGAUUUGCCAGCAUGUUGAAAUGGUUCGUUUUGUGGUCAGCCGUGACCUUUCUGAUGUGCACGGCUCAUGUGGCAUUUACGAACUUGAAAUGCAACUUUAUUGAUAAGAGCUAUGGAGACUUUCAAUAUUGCUACAUCAAGGCGGUGAAUCGUACUCACAAGUACAUUAGCAUCUAUGCGAAAAUGGUUCCACAAUCCCUUAAUAAUAUAUGGGUCAACAUCCAAUUGUUACGCAAAAGUAAUGGCUAUAAGCCAUUUUUCACGCCCAACUCGUUUGAUGUAUGCAAGUUUCUUAAAAAGCCGAAUAAUCCACUUUUGUUGUCAUAUUAUAAUAUGUUUAAAGAAUGCUCCAAUCUCAAUCACACCUGUCCCUAUGAUCACGACCUUAUCAUCGACAGGUUCUAUACUGGCGAUCAUGAAUUGAGUUUUGCCAGAUAUCUGCCCAUACCGCAUGGGGACUAUAUAGUCGCAAUAACAUUCUUGGUUCGCAAUGCGGAGGUCGCACAGGUUAAGCUUUAUGUGAAAUUAACUUGAAGGAAUUUUCACACUUUAAUCCGUUUGUAGAAUAAAAUUUUUGUAACAUAUCUGUACGAGAAUAUAUAAAAAACAGUUAUAAUUCAGCUGCUAUAAUUUAUUGAGAAAAUUUCAUAAUAAAACUGCCAAUUAAAAAUUCUUUGUCUGUUAGAGUAUUUGGUGGUGCGGCAAUGUCGAAUUGCGCACUUUUCUCUUUUCUUUGUGGCUUGUCUUAUUUUCUUUUUAUGGCUGGG